GAGUGGGAGGAGACUUGGCUGGUUGCUAUGCUGGAUUGGCCCUCUCUCUGCCAUGUCCCCUCAUGGGGAAUGGAAGCAAAGCUGCUCCUGAGCAGAGGGGGGGUGGGGGGUGGAAGAGGAGGACAGCAACACACAUCCACAAACACCCGCACAGAGACACACGCAGAGUGAUAGUGGCUGCAGCGGCGGCGGGCAACAGCAGCAGCAGGGACGACCACGACGACAGCAAAAAGCAACAGUGGUGGCCUUGCACAGUAGCCGCUCGGCUAGCAGACACUGGAAACACAGAGGCGGCAGAGGGCCACCUGAUUCUCUGCCCGUGAAAGCAAAAGCAGCAGUGCCGCCAGCGAACAGCAGCACCGCAGAGCUCCAGGCCCUGGACUCGCAGCCUCACUAAUGUUUAACCUUGUUCACCGCAAAAUGUCCACACGAGGAGGCUCUUAAGGUACAGUAGCACACACUUUGGCGAGAACACUGCUGUUUAGGUGAGUGAGUGGAACAUAAAAAGCGGGUUUGGGUUGAUAUCGGAGGAUUAUGCAGUGAGGGGGCUGGACAUUUGAGUGAAAUUUGAAUUUCCUUUUGCUCAAUGUGGCUUCCUGAUUAGUAAACACUAUACACAGCUCACUAUCGUGGAGAGCACAGUUCAGAUCAAGCUCAUCCAGAGCAGCACAUUCAUAGAGUGAGCCCCUUUGCCUGCAGCUGUCUGAUACACGAGCUGGGGAUCUACAGGUGCACUGGCCACUUCUCUUCACUGAUUACGAGGGGGGAGGGGGGGCUCCUGGUCUGGCUAAUGCUGUGAUAGCAUGCCCCAGAUGGAGGACACCAAGUGCAGCUUCCUUUUUUGCCUUGGAAUUUGCAUCUUUAUCUGUUCAAUCAUCUACUUGAAGGCAACCGUCUUUAACACGCCACGAGCUCAGAGCCGCAUCCUCACGUGCAGGCCUUUCCUACCACAGUGCGAAGCCCUGGGCCACAGCAGGAAUGGGACAAGGUGGCAAAGCACCGAGUGCCAUCUGGAGGGCUACUUCACAGCUCCGGUGCUGAACUGUUCUCAGAUGUGGUCUGAUUUUCAUUUCAUCACCAAGGCUUUGAGCAAAGAAGAAGAAAGGUACCCUCUGGCCUUCAUCAUCACAAUCCACAAAGAGCUGAAGACGUUCGUGAGGCUCCUGAGGGCCAUUUAUGCCCCACAGAAUGUCUACUGCAUCCACGUGGACGAGAAGGCAUCCCAGGACUACAAGAACAGUAUCCAACUCCUGGCUGGGUGUUUUCACAAUGUUUUCUUGGCCACAGUGAGUGAGAGAGUGACCUACGCCGGUUUCUCUCGGCUGCAGGCCGACAUCAACUGCAUGAGCGACCUGGUGAAGUCCUCUGUCCGCUGGAGGAAAGUCAUCAACCUCUGUGGGCAGGACUUUCCCAUUCAGAGCAACCUGGAGCUGGUGCGAUACAUGCAGAGCAAAGAGUGGCGCGAUCGGAACAUGACGCCUGGGGUCAAACAGCCGAAGGACAAGCGCUAUCGCACUCAGUUUCACUAUGUGGAGGUACAGGGAUCCCACGUACCCAAGCUCGUCAAAAGCCACAGGAAGAGCCCCCCGCCACACAACCUCCAGAUCUACUUUGGUACAGCCUACUACUCCCUGACCCGGGACUUUGUGGAGUUUGCUCUAGAGAGUCAAGUAGCCAAAGACUUUUUGGAAUGGUCGAAGGACACUUUCAGCCCAGAUGAGCACUACUGGGUCACGCUGAAUCAUAUUAAGGAUGCACCAGGCAGCCAUGUAAAUGGAAGUUGGGAAGGGGCUAUUCGUGCCAUAAAGUGGAAGGAACAUGAAGGGUCUCUGCACAAUGGCUGCAAAGGUCACUAUAUCAGGGAUAUUUGCAUCUACGGCAUAGAGGAUAUCCCUUGGAUCAUCAACAAGCAAAGUAUGUUUGCCAACAAAUUUGAGAGUGAAACUUUUCCAGAAGCUCUAGACUGUUUGGAACAGUGGCACAGACUCAAAGUCCUACGGCAAGCUGCAGUGCCCAUAGAGCCAUCGUGGCACCUAGCACAUGAAGUAGACACCAGCUAACGCCGUAACCACCCAGCAGAGCUGGAACACAAUUUGCUAUGCUUAAGCUAGUUCACGGGAUGACAUACGAAAUGGACUGUGGGUCACAAAAAAGCAGAUAGCCUAGAUGUACACGAAUACAGCCUAUUUUCAGAAACCACAAACACUCUGAGGACUUGUAGUAAAGACACAGCCCGGCAGUUAAACUGGCAGUCUUCAGAGAGAUGGCUGUGGUAUAAUUAGUUCAAGGCUCUCUUAAGAGAGUAGUGGUUGUGACGCCUGUAAGAACAUGAUGAAAUCAAACUCUCAGAUACAUUACACCCAAAUAACAUCCAAUUAGGAGCCCGUCCUCCUCAUCCACUCAUGUGAAGAUGAACAGCAGUGAAUAACAGGCCAUCCAGAGAACAUCAUUUGCUUUAUUAAAUAUAAGUGUUAAAUUAGGUCAAUUACAUUUAACCUACAUGCAAAACAGACAUUAGUCCCUUAUGCUUUACAUAUAGGCCAUGGCAUUCAUAAGAAAGUAGACAUGUUUUGUUUUAUCUGAAUAAAAUAUAUUUUAGCAGUUUAUAAACAAAUGUGAUUUGAAAAGUAAAUUAUUAUGUGUAUUCUUACCUGUAUAAAUUUAAAAAUAUAUAUAUAAGUGUGUUGGAGCGAAGUGUGCCAACUAAAUGUAUUCAGAUCUGUCAAACCAAAACAAUCACAUGCAUUUUUACUGUGUCUUUUUGUGAUGAAUGCUGGAGGCACUCUGGGCUUUGGUGUGCCAUUUACUACACAUGCGAAAGACAGAAGCGGAUCAGAUCCUUUGUUUGUGUAAAACACAAUCUGGUUCAAAUUGUUGCAAUGCAGUUUCUCAGAUCCAGAAUCUCCUUGCUCUUCCCAUAAAACCUGCUACAUGCCUAAUAUUGACUACUGAUGUUGACUGUUUGUUUUCUACCCUGUGCUUUCAGGAAAACAGGAGUACCUCUGAAACAAUACUUUCCUUGUUUUACUUAACGUUGAGUUGAGUUUAAUAUGAAUAUGCAAUACUCUACAAAGGGAACUACAUAUUAUGGCACUCUAUGUGUACACUCUACAUCUACCCCAUCAAUAAAAUGUUGAAAAAUAUCUGGAAUUGGGGUUACUUCACCAUGUAUGCCAUCAAUGACUAUCAUUUAUGCAGUCUGUAGUAGAGCUUUCAGCUGGAGUGUGCUUAAGUGCACUGCUGUACUCAUCAUGAGAGGCCCUUGGUUGACAUGCUCCUGUUUCCAAUCACUGGGCAGUGUGCAGAUAUAACCUGCACUGACCUGACAAGUGAUGGAGUAAAAGCCAUGCAGACAGCCUGGAGUCAAGGGUUAUCUGGUUUCUAAGGUACCCAGAAAGGCUCCGUUUCAGGUAUGGGUAGAUGGUCAUAGUGUGCAAUGAAAUAGACCAGGCCGCCUUAUCCAAGCUUGGUGUGAUGUUAUCCUUGACUAAAAUGAAAUAUGUGUGUAUUAUUGUGUAAAUGUAUAUAUCAAAUAUACAUCAACAUCUAUGAA